AUGUUCAUUAUUAUUCCGAUAACUACGGAUGCUGCGUCUAAUGAGCCACCUCCAAGCUCAAAUCCACUCGCACCUCCGCAUGCACCUAUCCAAAGGCUACAAUCUCAGCACGGCUUCCAGUCCCUAUCUAGACCAUCUCUAUCUUCUUCAAUGGUUUCUUGGUUGGCUGGAGACCUGUUGCAUGCACAGAAAGUUUUUCAACAGCAACAGCAGGGAGCACAAAUGCACCGUUCUUCCGCUCCACCUCCAUUGUGCAUGUUCUUUCGAAAGGUUGGAAUUUGCCGAUUCGGCGACAGUUGCUCCCGUUUGCAUAGCUUCUCAGACGUCCAGUCUGAAAUUAACGCCGCCAUUUCGAGCCGGGAAGAGGCCUGGCUCCCACUAGACUCAGUCUACUCUACCGAAAACCCAACCUCCCAACAAUUAAGUAUUUUAGAGACGAGUAAACAGGCAUCAGGACGAAGCGAUCACGUUUUAGAUCAUUCGGUUGGAUGGCCUGAUUCUGUUGACAUCUCCGAACAUGAUUCUGAGGCUGAAGACGGCAAUGACGAUGAAGCGGAAGUUCGAAGAGAAAACAGCACAGUGCCUCCUGAACCAGUAACUUUUCGAUCUGGAAGUAACUCAGAUUUAGAAGUUUGCGAUCAAGCUAAACAUCCAUCUGCAGAAGAAAUCAAGAAGGACCGUGCAAACCUCUUUGUUGACAAGCUGCGGUCGGCAGCAAUUUCUCCGAAUCCACUUACUUACGUGCUUAUCCUCAUGAAUAUGUUCCAGCACUCUCAACUCAAUUGGCUGGCUGACUCUGAGCGAAUAAUGCAGGUUGAAGGUGAAGCAUUGGACCGUGGAAUUUGUGCAUCUACAGACAGUUCGCCGGCAUCGUCAGUGAAUCUUGCCAUUCUCAGCAACAAGCUACAGCUCUUUAAAGAAACAAGCGAACUCAAUCCCCUGUCUAGUCUCUUUGACGAGUUAUAA